AUAUAUUUUUUUGAAGAAAAUUUUCAAAACGUCGUUGUGUAAAAUUUAUUUUUAUCGAAAAUUUUAUAUUUCAAUUAGAUUGAGAAAAAACCAAAGAAGAAUUAAUUGAACGAAUUGUGAAGAUAUUUGUAACAAGAGAACAAGAGCGGAAAUAAAAUAAAUAAAAAACCGUUUGCAGAAAAGCAAAAACUUUGAAAAAACGUAACGAAAUAGGAAUACUAGUGCGAAACAAACGCAUUUAAAGGAUACUUUUUUGAAAGCAGAGAAAGGAGAAUAAUUUAACCGGAAAAAAUGUCCGAUUCGAUUUGUCACAAAUGCAACGAGGUGAUUACCCAGCGCAUCAUUACGGCCCUGGGCAAGACUUGGCAUCCGGAACAUUUCGCCUGCAAAGACUGCCAACAGCCCAUUCAGGAGGCGACAUUUAACAUCCAAGAAGGUGAACCGGUCUGCUCGAAAUGUUUCCUCAAAAACUAUUCUGGCACAUGUCAGGCGUGUCAAAAGCCAAUUUUGGAGCGCACCAUAAAGGCCUUGGGCAAGACCUGGCACGAGGAAUGUUUCUGCUGCGGCGGACCUUGUCAUAAACCCUUGGUGGGCACCUCCUUCUAUGAGCGGGAUGGCAAGGCCUAUUGCAAAACGGAUUUUGAAGAACUUUUUGCAGCACGCUGUGCCGGUUGUACCAGACCCAUAACGGAGAAUGCCAUAGUCGCCUUGGAGGCCAAAUGGCAUAGGGAUUGUUUUAAGUGCAAGAAAUGUGAAAAUCCCAUAACUGCCUCAACCUUUGCUGUGGAAGAAAAUCGACCAGUUUGUACAGAUUGUGCGGCCUAAAUGGGAAUUCUCACCUCCCUCCCUCUCUCACGAAGGAUAAUUAGCCCAGCAAAAAACAAAAAACUACAAGAAAAACUAAAUCAAAAACUCAACUAUAUUAAAAAAAAAAACAAAACAAUUUUAAAUACUAUUAGGAAAUAACAACGAAACUAUCUCUUUCACACUUUUGUUCUCUCACUCUAGCACUCUCUCUCAUUAGAUAUCAUUGAAAAUUUGAAGAAAAAAAUUAGAAAAAAAGAAGGCCUUAUAAGAAUAUUCGUAGAAUUUGGGUUGGAAGUAGCUAUAAAUUUUUACACAGUGUGGCAACUACGGAAUAUGUAUAGAAUAUUUUUUUAAUUAAAUUAGAGCCAUACUACUUUCGAGUUCCAAGCAGCAGUGAUCAGUGGCAAAUAAGUGUCCUUUCCUAGGGAAUUUUCUUUUUUUUUUUGGGGAAAGUAAUUGUAGCAGAUCUUCCUAGGAUAACACUAAAUUCAAUACACUUGCAAUUUUUUUAGCAUCAAUUGCACUUACACACUUACAAUAUUUGGAACAAAAAACACACAGACAUAAUUUUUGAAAAUUUUCAAAUUUAAAAUUUUUUAAUUUUUUUUUUAUUUUUAUUUUUUUUUUUUUGCAAAAGGUUGCAACUAAUAAAGAUAUUCCGAAGAAUUUUCCCAUAGGAAAUACAAAUUUCAAGAUGUGUAUUUCGAAAUCAUUUCAGAGAUCGUAAGGAGUAAAAAUUCCGAUAUUCCCAAGAAUUUUCCCAGAGGAAAUACAAAUUUCAAGAUGUGUAUUUGUCAAUAAAAAAAUUCAAAAUUUAAAAAAUUCUUAUAUAACAGCUUAACAGAUUCUGGAAAGGGCCUAGGAAAUUUUGAAUUUUUAUUCUAACAAAACUCAGUUAAUUGGACCCAAAAGUCACUCUAAGGGGUCAAAAGAUUCCAAUAACAGAGGUUUAACAGAUUCCAAUAACAGAGGGUUAACAGUUUCCAAUAACAGAAAUGCUAUGUAAGGGCUCAGCAGCUUCUAUUAACAGUCGUUACUUAACAGAAUCUGCAAAGUUAGGAAAAUGUUACAGUAAUGUGAAUAACAUUUGCAACAAAAUAACAAACUGUUAUUAACAGAUUCUGUAAAUUUAGUUUCUCCUGGAAUUUUUAAGGGUAUUCUAUUGGACCCAGUUUCGGAUUUCAUUUACAGGAGUGACAAAAAAUACUAGUCAAAACUCUCAUUUCUUCAUAAAGACCCAAUAUUUACGGCUUAACAGACUAUAAAGUAAGGGUUUAACAGAUUCUGUUAACACACGUUACUUAACAGAUUCUUCAUGAAGUCACAGAUUCCAAUAACAGAGAUGUUAAGUAACGGUUCAGAAGAUUCUAUUAACAGUAGUUAUUUAAAGGAUUUUACAUAAAGUCACUGUAAUAACGGGUUAACAGGUUCCAAUAACAGCAUGUUUAAGUAACGGCUCAGCAGAUUUUAUUAACAGUCGUUACUUAACAGAAUCUGUAAAGUCAAGACAAUGUUACUGUAAUGUAAACAACAUCAUAUUUCUUUAUUUCCAGUUACAUAACCUAAUCUGUUAUUAACAGAUUCUCUUAAAUUACAUAGAAUUUCUGCUGGAAUAAAGUUACAGGAUGGUUUAAAAGAUUUCAAUUGCAGAGACUGUUAUGUAACGCCUUAUAAGAUUUGAUUAACAGUCGGUGUACAUCAAGUUCUUCAUAAAGUCACUCGAUUUACGGCUUAACAGAUUUCAAUAGCAGAGACUGUUAAUUAACCCCUCAACAAAUUUUGUUGACAGAAGUUAGUUAACAGAUUUUUCAUAAAGUCACUCUGUUAGAAGGUUAACAUAUUCCAAUAACAGAUAUGUUAAGUAAUGGCUCAGCAGAUUCCAAUAACAGUCGUUACUUAACUGAUUCUUCAUAAAGUUAGUCUCUUAACAGGUUAACAGAUUUCUAUAAAAUAGAUGUUAAGAAGCGGCUCAGCAGAUUCUAUUAACAGUCUGUUAACAGAUACUGUAAAGUUAAAAAAAAUUUAAAUUUAUGAAAUGUUAAUGAAGUAGGACCGCAUCCGAUUUUCUCUUAUGUAUGGGUUUGUAAUAACAUAUGCUGUUGUUAACAGAUUCUGUUGAGACUGUUAUGUAACGGUUUAACAGAUUCUAUUAACAGUCGUUACACAACAAAUUCUUUAUAAAGUCACUCGAUUUACGGCUUAACAGAUUUCUAUAGCAGAGACUGUUAAAUAACGGCUUAACAAUUUUUUAACAGAUUUUUCAUAAAAUUACUCUAUUAACGGCUUAACAGAUUUCAAUAACAGAGACUGCUAAAAGACUGUUAAGUAACGGCUUAACAAAUUUUUAACAGAUUUUUCAAAAAAUUACUCUAUUAACGGCUUAACAGAUUUCAAUAACAGAGACUGCUAAAAGUCAGUUCAACAGAGGCUAUUAACAGUCGUUACUUAACAGAAUCUGUAAAGUUAAGGGAAGGAUACUAUAAUGUGAUUUUUUCUUAUUUCUUGAUCGGCAAUAACAUCAACUGUUAUUAACAGAUUCUGUUAAAUUUAAACUGAAAUUUUUAAAAUUACAUGAUAGACAAAAAGAUUUCAAUUUCAGAGACUGUUAUGUAGCGGUUUAACAGAUUCUGUUAACAGUCUUUAAAAAAUUUUACAGUAAUGUUAAUAACAUAAGGCCACUAUCAAAAUUCUUAUCCUUUUCUUGAUUUGUAAUAAAAUAACAUCUUCUGUUAUUAACAGAUUCUGUUCAAUUUCACAGAGGUUCUUCUGGAUAUUUUUGACUUGCAGGAUAUCUUUAAAAAUUUUCAAAAUUCUUAUCUUUUUUGGAUUUGUAGUAAAAUAACAUAAACUGUUAUUAACAGAUUGUGUUAAAUUUCACAGAAUUUCUCUUGGAUUUUUUUUUUAAUUCCAGGAUAUCUUUAGAUUUGCAUCCCCCUCCAAACACUGUGUUCACAUAUUGGUUAUAUAUUUCCUUAUAAAAUAAUAAGAUUUUGAAAUAAAAUUUCAAAAUUAUUAUUUUAAAAAAAAAAUAAAUAAAUAAAAAUUAAAAUUAUAUAAUCUCCCAUUCUCCCACUUCUUAAAAAAAUGCUCAUACUAUUUGUUAUUAUUUUAAAAUGCAAAACUAAUUGACAUUAUAUUAAAUUUCAAUUUCAAAAAAUAUUGUUAUUUUUUUUAACAUUCCAACUAUAGCAUGGGAAAAUUUAUAACCUAAAAAAAAUGUUAAAUUACUGUUAACAUAGCAUCAAGCCUAUGGCAACAUUACUUUUCUUAACAUUUUUUUU